AGUGAGCCCACGGCUAUGCAGAAACGCACGAGCAAAUGGCGGUUGAUAGUGUUGGAGUGGCAUUGUACUGGCGAAUGCAUUAGUUGCUUAUGCUUGGUAUAGAAGACGAGUUGUGGAUCGUGCACGAGUUGUGGGUCGUUAUACCGAUAUACAACGUAUAAAUAGCAUAGUUUUAAUCGAUAAUUCUGUGCCGGAUUUGACGUCAGACUAUCGUGGAAAAAGAAUUAUUCUUCUAUUGAGUCGGCAUUACAGGAAGUAAAGCUAACAAAUCUGGUUGAGUUAGGUAACAUUAUACACACGUAAAUGGCGGAGCAAGCGUCAGAAGUGGCAUUCGCCCCAGGUCCCGUGGCUCAGCAGCCAGGAUACCAGCAACAGGACACAAAGGGUCAGCAGCAGACGCAGUAUGGCACCAAAGGGCAGCCGGGACCUCCCCUGCCUCCAGGAUUUCAACCGCAGCAAGUUGAAGUGCAAACAGUGCCAGCGAUUCCCCCGAUACCAGGGUGUCCGCCGGGUUUGGAGUACCUCACCCAACUAGACCAGGUCCUCAUGCGGCAGCUCAUUGAAAUUGUUGAGCUUUUCACUGGCUGGGAGAUGAACAAUAAGUACACUAUUAACAAUACCAUGGGGCAACAGAUUUUCUACGUCAAGGAAGAUACCGACUGCAUGGAACGGCAAUGUUGCGGGCCAAACAGGGGCUUCACUAUGAACGUGACUGAUAACAUGGGCAGAGAAGUGAUGCGAAUUGUCCGCGAUUUCAAAUGCUUCGCCGGGCCCGCGUGUUCAUGUUGCAAAUCCUGCGACAGCUGUCGCUAUGACAUGCAGGUUGAAGCGCCGCCUGGUGAGGUCAUCGGUUAUGUCAAACAGGGGCAAUAUUUUCUUGCCUCAAUAUUCACCGUAAUGGAUGCCCAGAGGCACCCAGUAUUCACGAUGAAGGGCCCCACUUGCCCAAUUCAAACCGUAUGCUGCACGGAAGACAUCAACUUUCAUGUAACUACCAUAGACGGCAACCAGGAAAUCGGCGUCCUCCGAAAGCAGUGGGCUGGGGUGCUGAGAGAGAUGAUUUCUGAUGCGGAUAAAUUUGGUGUCAGUUUCCCUGUUGAUCUCGAUGUGAAAUUGAAGGCAACUUUGAUCGGAUUGAUGUUCAUGAUUGAUUUCUGCUUUUUCGAGAGGAAGCAGAAGUAGACAGAAGUAUUAUCAAAUUGUGAGAGGAAAGCUUGCAUGACGCAUAUAAUAUCGUAUCUUUCAGACUAACGUUAUAAAGUAGAUGUCUUUGUAUUUCCAAAUUAGUCAAAAUAUAAAAUCUUCAUAUCGAUUGAGUUGAGAGAAUACUUAGUAUUUUGCCAUUUGGGUCUUUUUCGCCUCGUGGAAGAGUCUUGAGGGGGCGCCCAUAUUGGUAGGCCAACGUGAACGAACGUAUUGUGAAAUACAUUAUGAAUAGAUUCAGGUUUCUUUUAUAACAGAGAUUUUAGCGGAACGGAACUUAGCGAUCGACAAUGUUCAAAAUAUCUCAAAAUUUAGAAAGCUUGAUAAAAUGCGACGACAUCUACCGGUACGACUUAUUUUUACUUUAUUAAGCAUGACAUCAGAGAUGAGGUCGUCAUUUUAUGUGACUUCAAUUUACAUGUAUACUCAGUGGUGAUUAUCGGCUACGUCACGUCAUGUUAUUCCAUCCCCAGGUACUCUUCCAGUGAACCACGAUGCUCGAGUGUACGCAAAGACAUAGGGCAUUUUAUAAUUUCUUCAUCUGUGACUACAGAAAAAAGGGUUUAAAUGCACCGAUGAAGAAAUUCUGUAUGUAAAAAUGUACAGAGGAAUUUUGCGCCGUGACGGAGGGUCCUAUUAACUGAUGUAACGUAGCCGACGGUCAACGCUCGGUGUUAUUUUAAUUUCUUACCUUGCCUUAUGGGGUGACAGAGUUACGUCUGGUACAUGCCUCGUAAAAACUGAACAUGGCACACAAUACAUGUACAUUGUAGUGAUUUUAUUAUACAUGUACGUUUUACAGCAAUACUGGUGUAGCAUCUCUCAGUGAUUUCCUUAUUCCCGGAAUAUGGCGACCACUAACACAACAACAACCAUUCGAGAUCUACUACACCUUAAUUUUUUACCAAUGAUUCAUCAGGGAAUGGUUUUAUUCAUAUAUCGUUAGUCAACAUUUCGUAUGCUGUUGCGAAUAAAUGUACACAGCUAUUGAUGCAUUGCUUUUAGUACUGUUUAACAUGGAAUUGUGUGUAUCUGGUCCCCGUAUCUGGUCAGUGCAAUGUUUUUGUGUGUCAUGACAAUGAGAUCUAUCUGUAUUGGACCACCUCAAUUAUCUGAAUAUCGGCUGAUUGCCAAAAUCAUCUAAUGAAUAUUAGCCAAAUGUCACCUUUAGUAUUAAGAGCACGCUGGCAUCAGAAUGAAUUCUGGGAGUGGGGGAUACGAAUAGAAGUUAAAAAAGGACAAGUAUUUCUUUCUAAAAAUGUAUCACUGUAUCACUGCCCGAUUUGAAUGCCCUAGAAUCGUCCAUUUCUCGGCUGAAUGGCAAAAUAAGGCAAGGCCCUCUACAAUGACGAGAUAAUUGAUGUGGCCUCAAUGCAAGGACAGGUAUUUAAUUUGUAGAGAAUAUUGUAUUAUGCAGAAAAUGUUCAAAUGAAAUAAAAUUAUCAGAUAUA